UCGCGCGCUGUCUGCGAGCCUCCACGUGCGUCCGUCUCGCUGCGUCACUGCACACGAGCGCGAGUCUAGUUACGAUCGCGGCAAACGGAUUAGCGAAUGUUUAGCAGCUGGUGUGGAAGUGAUCAGCGAAGUGAAUGAUCAGUGUCGAGUGAGUGGCGGGCUCGCGGCAUGGGCCGGCGCUGAUGGCUCGCGCGCGCUGGCUGGCGCUGGCGGCGGCGCUGGCGUGCGCGAGCGCGGGCGCGGGCGGCGCGUGCCCGGCGCGCGUGCCCGCGGGCUGCGCGUGCGGCGAGGGCGGCGCGCGCCUGGACUGCCGCUCGGCCGCGCUGCGCCGCCUGCCGCCGCUGCACGAGACGCUGCUGUCGCUGGACGUGUCCAACAACAACAUCAGCUCGCUGGCGCGCGACGCGCUGCUCCCCGCCACCGGGCUGCGCGAGCUGAACCUGUCGUCCAACCGGCUGGAGGCGCUGGCGGGCGGCGCGCUGGGCGGCGCGGCGCUGGCGCGGCUGUGGCUGGACCGCUGCGCGCUGAGCCGCCUGCCCGCGCACGCGCUGCAGGACCUGCACCAUCUGUCGGCGGAGGAGAACGCGCUGGCGGCGCUGGAGGGCGGCGCGCUGCGCGGGCUGCGCGCGCUGCGCACGCUGCGGCUGGCGCGCAACCUGCUGCGCGAGGUGCCGGCGCGCGCGCUCGCGCCGCUGCGACAUCUGCAGACGCUGAACCUGGGCGGCAACCUCAUCAGCGAGCUGCCGAGCGCCGCGCUGCCGCCGCUGCCCGCGCUGCACACGCUGGUGCUGAAGCGGAACCGCAUCGCCUUCAUCGAUGACAACGCCUUCAGCAACAUCCCGGCGCUGCGCGUGCUGCGGCUGGAGGAGAACCUGCUGACGGAGCUGCCGGGCGCCGUGCGCCUGCUGCCGCUGCUCGAGGACCUUUCAGUGGCGAGUAACCGCGUGGAGGGCGUGGGCGCGGGCGUGCUGCAGGCGGGCGGGCGGCUGGCGCGGCUCGACCUGCGCGCCAACCCGCUGGGCGGCCUGCACCCGCGCGCGCUCGACCACCUGCCGCACCUCACCACGCUGGUGGUGUCGGAGGCGCGGGCGCUGCGCGAGCUGCCGGCGCUGAACGGGUCGCUGCGGCUGCGCUCGCUGCGCGCCGACCGCGCGCGCCUCACGCGCCUGCCCGCCGCGCUCUGCCAGCACGCGCCGCAGCUGCGCUCGCUGGACGUCAAGCUCAACCAGCUGCAGCGCGUGCCCGACCUGCAGGCCUGCGCCGAGCUGCGCGUGCUGGAGCUGUCGGGCAACGAGAUCGCGGCGCUGGAUACGGACGCGCUGCGCGGGCUGCAGCGCCUGCACGACCUGCUGCUGGCGCGCAACCGCCUGCGCCGCCUGCCCGCCGGCGCCUUCGCGCACACGCCCGACCUGCAAGUGCUGAACCUGGAGGACAACCUCAUCGAGCACAUCGACCAGGAGGCCUUCGCGCCGCUCACCAAGCUGGAGGACCUGAACGUGGGCAACAACGUGUUCCCGUGGCUGCCGGCGGCCGGGCUGCAGCGCCUGCUGCACCUGAAGGCGCACAACAACCCCAACCUGCGCCGUUUCCACCCGCCCGAGCUGCUGCCGCGCAUACAGACGCUGGUGCUGUCCUACGCGUACCACUGCUGCGAGUUCCUGCCGCUGAUGGAGGCGCCCGAGGAGGAGGACGCGCCGGACCUGCCCUCCGACCUGGUGAUCCUGCCGCCGCAGCACGUGGACGCCGCCGCCUGGGCCAACGCCACCGACCUCUGGGCGCAGUACUUGAACGCGUCGGAGCGCGGCGCGGGGCUGGCGGGCGCGGGGCUGGCGGGCGUGCUGCAGUGGGCGGGCGAGCUGCCGGAGCGCGAGGCGCCGCGCCGCGUGUCGUGCCUGCCGCUGCCGGGGCCGUUCCUGCCGUGCGCGGACCUGUUCGACUGGUGGACGCUGCGCUGCGGCGUGUGGGCCGUCUUCCUGCUGGCGCUGCUGGGCAACGGCACCGUGGUGUUCGUGCUGGUGUUCAGCCGCAGCCGCAUCGACGUGCCGCGCUUCCUCGUCACCAACCUGGCGGCCGCCGACUUCUUCAUGGGCAUCUACCUGGGGUUCCUGGCGGUGGUGGACGCGGGCACGCUGGGCGAGUUCCGCGCGCACGCCAUCGCCUGGCAGAUGUCGGGCGGCUGCAAGCUGGCGGGCUUCCUGGGCGUGCUGUCCUCCGAGCUGUCGGUGUUCACGCUGGCGGUGAUCACGCUGGAGCGCAACUACGCCAUCACGCACGCCAUGCACCUCAACAAGCGGCUGUCGCUGCGGCACGCGGCGGCCGUCAUGGCGGCGGGCUGGGCCUUCUCGCUGACGGCGGCCGCGCUGCCGCUGCUGGGCGUGUCCGACUACCGCAAGUUCGCCGUGUGCCUGCCCUUCGAGACCGCCACCCCCGCCGCGCUCGGCUACGUCGUCACGCUGCUGGCCAUCAACGGCGUGGCCUUCCUCGUGCUGCUGGGCUGCUACCUCAAGAUGUACUGCGCCAUCCGCGGCUCGCAGGCCUGGAACUCCAACGACUCGCGCAUCGCCAAGCGCAUGGCGCUGCUCGUGUUCACCGACUUCCUUUGCUGGUCGCCCAUCGCCUUCUUCGCGCUGACGGCGGCCUUCGGCGCCCAGCUCGUGUCGCUCGAGGAGGCCAAAGUGUUCACGGUGUUCGUGCUGCCGCUCAACUCGUGCUGCAACCCCUUCCUGUACGCCAUCCUCACCAAGCAGUUCAAGAAGGACUGCGCGCUCGUGUGUAAGGCCAUCGAGGAGUCGCGGGUGACGCGCGGCAUCGGCCGCUGCCGACACUCGUCCAACUUCAGCAACCGCCAGACGCCCGCCAACACCAACAGCCUGGCGGAGCGGUCGUCGCGCGGGCAGCACGGCGCCGCGUGCGCGUGCCGGCGCCUGCUGCCCGCGCCGCCCGCGCCGCCGCCGCGCCGCCUGCUGGGCUGGCUGCGCGCGUGCGGCCGCCGCUCGGCGCCCGCGCCCGCGCCCGCGCCGCGCGCGCCCGCCAUGGCGCCCAAGCGCGCCGGCUCCGUGUCCUCGUCCGUGGAGUUCUCGUCGUCGCGCUCGGACUCGUGGCGCGGCUACGGGCGGCCGCCGCCGCCGCCGCGCCGCGCCGCGUCGUGGCUGGUGGCGCGCAAGACGUCGCAGGACUCCAACCUGUCGUCGUCGCGCAACGACUCGUCGGGCUCGGCGGCCACGGCGUCGACGGGCACGUGGCGCACGUCGCGCUCGGGCGGCAGCGCGCCGGCGCCGGCGCGGCCGCGGCUGACGCGCCAGCCCGCCGUGUCGGGCGCGUCGCCGCCCGCGUCGCCAGCGCUGGCCGCGCGGCUGCUGCACACCAUCCCGUCGGCCGCGGAGACGGAGCCGCCGCCCGACGAGGCUCCCCCGCAAGACUGACUCCGCGCCGUCCACAGCCCCGCCCCGCCGCACGCUGCCCACAGACUAUACAUGACGUGCUAAAGACAAUAUAUUUUGUACAGUAUUAUGGAGUAUCCGCAUAGGUGUCGAGGCUGAAAAUGAAGUAUUAUAACAAAGUAACUAUUUAUUUAGAAAAAUGUUGAUAAGAGUAUAUACGAGUCUAUUAUAUAUAUUGCUAAUAUUAUACGAAAAUGAAGCAGUAGGAGGUGCCACCGUACUGUGUACGGCGACACGAGUCGGCCCGGGAGCCGCACUAGUGCUACGUAAGUAAAGUCGCUCACUAAGUCCAAAACUAUACACUAGUACGAAUCGUUAUACAAUAAUUAGGUUUUGUAUGUUGUUACGCGUUGCCAUAGCGUAGUGAGUAAUGAUGUGAGGCACUCACAAGUACUUAUGUGUUUCGAUAAGGAGCUGUUCGGCAGACCGCUGUGCAGGUAUAUCGUAUACAGGCUGUCCCCCGAAGUAUGGCUCAAGAGGAACAAGGAUAUGGCCAUUUACCAAGUUUUUGACUUCAGAAUGUCAGUCACAUUUUAUUUAUUUAUUUUAUUAGGAAUUCCAACAAGAAAUACACAACUUCAUACAAAAAAAAAUACAAACACAACCAUGCAAUGUGUUUCCUCACUUAUAGGAAUCCACACCAUGCGUAGACAGUUUAGUUGACAAUAACGUAAUAUAAAAAUUCAAAAAGUCACAUAAAAACCAAAUAAAAAAUUUUCAAACCAUUUACGAACAAGCAGCUUUGCAAAAGAAAAUACGUGAUUAUUAAAACACAUUAGACAAUUAUUGUUAAUCAAGAUCUAGAUCAAAUUAAUGGAUUAUUCAGCAUUGUGUUCCAAGAAAAAUAAAAAAAAUGACUUAGGAUUAUCGGUAAGUAUAUUUUCUUCAAGAAACACGACUCAUUGAUUCACACAUCGAGGGACAUGCCAUGCCCUUAUGCCUAUGGUGCAGCGCUGAGCGACGCUCACAAAAAUGUUGUUGAACAUUUUAUAACAAAUUGUUAAUAGUGGGUGUACAUACACCGCUAGCGAGUACAACGUGUACAUAUGUAUGUAGUUACAGAGUCUUGUCUAUUUAUUGAUGUGUCCGAGAGGCGCGUGGUUGAGAGUGCUAUUUAUUUUAUUGUACAAUAAUUAUACGAGAACAGUCAUACAAA